AUGCGUGCGAUUCUAACUAGUUCACUCUUGGCCACGACUCUUGGCUUUAGCGGCAAGUCUUUCAGUGCUGUUGCUUCCGAGGAUGGUGGUACGGAUAUGUGCAGCAUGGCAUGCAACCAGACGCUAGGUUGUGAUCAAUCCUACUGCAAAAACAACGGGCUGUGCUUCGGUCUCUACCAUAAAGGCAACGCCUACUGCUAUCAGCCAGGAGGUGCUGAUGGUUGUGAUGAUACCUCUCUGGAGCCCGUGAAGUGUACUGAGUAUCCCCUCACCACGUGUCAAGAUGUCUGUGACCGCCUCGUUGGUUGCAAGGAUUCUGCCUGGGGUUCUUAUUGCAAGUCGUGGCAGGAUCCUCCGGUAUGCUUCGGUAUACUGAAGAUGUAUGAUGGCAGUCUAUGCUAUCAGUCUGACCCCAACUGUGUUGGUGAACCAUUUGAGUGUCAUUUCACCGUCGGUCCGGUUCAGCCUACUAUCGCCCCUAGCAAGCCCUCUACUAUGCCUCUUCCUGAAUACAACACGACCACUCCACAGACUAUGCCAGGAUUCGGAGGACAAGGCCAGCCUACGACGGCGCCAGGCACUACGUUCUCGACCGUCGAGGUUGAGCCCACUGUAGGUCCAGCUGUUGUCACCAAAACUGGUGUUCCUAUCUGGACCAUGGAGGUUCCCACCAACAUGACCAAUACGACCGCGGCCCCUGGUGGUGGUUUCUUUAGUUGGUUCGGUUUUUGA